AUGCAGCUGCUCUUGCGGAUCUAUCCAAACUGGCGGUUCCUCCUCGACGUGCCCGACCUGUGGUUGAUGGACGGGAGCGCCAAAAUGGCGUUCCUACCGUUUACCUCAUUGUUUGGCUUCGUUUUCGUGGCCAUGCUGACCAGCGCCAAUUUUGUGGCCGGGUUAUUGGUGCCCCUGCUGACGCUGACCAUCCCAUGGGCAGCCGGCGUGCUGAUCAUCUACCUUGAUGUGGAGCUGCCACUAGUUGUCCCGAAAAUACUCUUUCUGGUGAACGGAUGCCACGGGAUAUUGUCGUCAGUACAAAUCGUGUACCUGACGCGACCCUAUCGGCAGUUUGUAAUCUCGUUCUUCAAGCCGAAAACCACCCGUCGCGCCCACAGCAUCUUUUACGUCAGCCAAAUCUCAACUACGAAUCCGCGCUCAAUGAAAGAGACCUAUGGGUUG